AAUAACACACUCCUGUAAACCCUAAACCCUAAUUCCAAAGCCUCCGCCUUCAAUCUUCUCGUCUCUCGGAGUUUCACUUUGUGGAGGUGAAAGUUCGUCGUCCUUCUAGAAUCGCCGCACCGGAAAACUUCUUCCGGAGAUGUUGGUAUUGUUUGAAACACCGGCAGGUUUUGCCCUUUUCAAAGUUUUGGAUGAGGGAAAGCUCUCCAAAGUUGAGGAUUUGUGGAAGGACUUCUCCUCAACUGAUUCCGCCAGAAAGGUUGUGAAGCUAAAAGCUUUCUCCAAGUUUGAGAACACCUCAGAAGCUCUGUCAGCAGCUACGUUGUUGAUAGAUAGCAAGCCCAGCAAAGGACUGCGCAAGUUCUUGAAAGCACACUGUGAUGGUGAAACUUUGGCGGUUGCUGAUUCAAAGCUUGGAAAUGCAAUUAAAGAAAAAUUGCAAAUUGAUUGUGUUCAUAAUAAUGCUGUCAUGGAAUUGAUGAGAGGAGUUAGAAGUCAGUUGACUGAGCUCAUUUCUGGUCUUGCAUCUCAAGACUUGGCUCCAAUGAGCUUGGGUUUAUCUCACAGUCUUUCAAGAUACAAGCUAAAGUUUAGCCCUGACAAGGUGGACACAAUGAUUGUACAGGCCAUUGGCUUGUUGGAUGAUCUUGAUAAAGAGCUAAAUACAUAUGCUAUGAGGGUCCGUGAAUGGUAUGGUUGGCAUUUCCCAGAACUUGCAAAGAUUGUACAAGAUAACAUUCUUUAUGCCAAGGCUGUGAAGUUGAUGGGUGACCGUACAAAUGCUGCAAAGUUGGAUUUCUCUGAGAUACUUCCAGAAGAGGUUGAGGCUGCAUUGAAAGAGGCAUCCAUGAUCUCCAUGGGUACUGAAGUUAGUGAUCUUGAUCUGGAGAAUAUUAAAGAUUUAUGCACCCAAGUUCUGUCAUUCUCUGAGUACAGAGCUCAGUUGUAUGAUUAUUUGAAGAGCAGGAUGAACACCAUUGCCCCAAAUCUUACAGCUCUUGUUGGAGAACUUGUUGGUGCUCGGCUUAUUGCUCAUGGUGGUAGCUUGAUGAAUCUUGCGAAGCAACCUGGAAGUACAGUUCAAAUACUUGGUGCUGAAAAGGCUCUUUUCAGAGCUUUGAAGACAAAACACGCAACUCCAAAAUAUGGGCUUAUAUAUCAUGCAUCUUUGAUUGGACAGGCAGCACCAAAACACAAGGGUAAAAUUUCAAGAUCUCUUGCUGCAAAAACUGCAUUGGCUAUUCGAUACGAUGCUCUUGCAGAUAGCCAAGAUAAUACCAUGGGUUUGGAGAAUCGUGCCAAGCUUGAGGCACGCUUAAGAGCCUUAGAAGGCAAAGAGUUGAGCAAAUCAGCUGGGUCUGCUAAGGGCAAACCUAAGAUUGAAGUUUAUGACAAGGAUCGUAAAAAAGGAGGGCUGAUCACACCAGCUAAGGUUUACAAUCCUUCUGCUGAUUCUGUUAUGGGACACACUGAGAAUGAGGAAAAGAAAAUGAGUAUAGAUGAUCAAACCGAGGAAGCAGCAGGUGAGGAAUCCCCUGUUACUGAAGGAGAGAAGAAAAAGAAAAAGAAGAAGAAAUCUGCUGAAACAGAGAAUGGUGCAGAACCUGAAGACACUGGGAAGAAGGAGAAGAAGAAAAAGAAGAAACACGCAGAUAAUGAAGUGGAAAAUGUAGAACUCGAACAAAGUAAGAAAAAGAAGAGGAAACACGCUGAUGUUGAUGAGGAUGAAUCAGUAACCACGGAAAAAAAGAAAGAGAAAAAGAAGAAGAAGAAAGCUGAAGAAUAAGUAUCACAGCGGAGACAUUUUUAGUAUCAACAAUUUUGUUUUUGGGCAUGGGCGGCGUGUUUUUAAGUUGUACAAUGAUGUCGUUAUUAAGUUAUUAGUGCUCUGUAAUGCAACUUAGGAUUCUGUUAGUUAAACACCAUGCUUUUUAAUCCUACUAUGGAUGUUUUAUCGCUACUUUGGAAUAUUUGCUAUAUGCUAUUUUACAUGUUUUAAGCCACACAUGAUUUCAAGUUUAAUAGUGUGCCACAAUUGCGUUGUUGGUGAA